UCCUUUUUGAUACCCCUCAGGGAACCCGUUACUGGAUUCCUACCGUCGCUGAUAAGUUCAUACCAGUGUGUGGGAAAUCUUAUCCAACAUUUGAGGCUGUUCUUUCCAUGUAUGAACUUUAUGCUUUUGAAGCUAGUUUUUCUGUUAAAAAAGGGCAAACUAAAGUCUGGAAUGGAAUUCCCACACACAAGUAUCUUCAAUGCCCAAAAUACGGGAAACCACAACCCAAGAGGACUUUUGACACAUAGAUGAAUCUUCUGUAAAGCCUAGGAGAACCAACUUCACAUGGUGUAACUGUAAGGCAAGCAUUCUAGUCUCAAUCUCUAAUGAUGCAUACACAUUUAUGAGUUUCAGUGAUAUUCAUAAUCAUGAACUUGUUGAGAAUUACAACCGUGAUCUUCGCAAGAUAUCACGGAAGCUGUCAUUCUCCACUAAACAAUUCAUUCACAAUAUGAGUCUAAACCGUAUCGGACCCAUGAGAGCUUAUAGAUGUCUUGUAGCUUUAAAGGGGGGCAUCACAAUGUCAAUGGGACUCCGGUGGAUUUUAAAAACUUUAGACACCAGUUGCGAAUUUUUAUUGGUGAACGCGACGCACAAGUUUUCAUCGAGCGCUUGCGUGAGCGCUUUGACAACCUACCCAACUUCUAUUUUGAUUACACUGUAUCAAAUGGAAAGUUGUCUUCUGUAUUCUGGGCUGAUGAGAUUUCAAAGCUAAACUACAAAGCUUUUGGCGAUGUCCUCGCCUUUGACGCGACUUACAGCACUAACAGGUACAAGAUAGUUUUUGUGCCAUUCACGGGUGUGGAUCAUCAUUUCCAAUGUGUUACAUUUGGUGCUGGUUUGAUAUCAACCGAGUCCAUUGAAUCUUAUGUGUGGUUUCUUAAGGCUUUCUUGAAGGCACACGGUACUCAACCAACUCUCGUGCUGAGUGAUCAAGACCCAUCCAUGCUUCAAGCUGUUCCUAUGAUCUUUACCGAAUCACGCCACCAUCUAUGCAUGUGGCAUAUAAUGAAAAAACUACCCUCCAAGGUUAGGUUAAAUUGUUAG